AUGGGUGCGGGCGGCUCGAGGCAACUCUUAGACUAUGAGGAAGCCGUCCAGCUGCUUGGCACCGAGGAAGUGGCCCGAAUCGAGGAAGGCUUCCACCGCCUCUCCGUGCGAGGGGAGCUUAGACCGGCAGAGUUUCGCGCCGGUUUCUUGAACUCGGGUGCUGGCGACCCGGUGCCGGAUGCACUUGCAGAGGCAUUGUUCCAAUGUUUCGACUCGGACUCCACGGGCACCCUGACCGUGCAGCAGUUUAUAUGUGGUGUCGCUAUCCUUUGUCGAGGGAGGCCAGAUCAGAAGCUUCGGCUGCUUUUCAUGGUGUACGACGCCGACAGGGAUCAGCGGCUGUCCGAUCGCGACCUGCAAAAGUUUGCCAAGUCCCUAAGCGACGGCCGCUGCCACGAUUCGGCAGAAGCUGCCGUGGCGGCGGCUCUCAAGGAGCUCUUGGAUGGCAGCCCUGCAGUCAACUACGAAAAGUUCGAGCAGUGGGCGCGUUGCAACAUCACUUCCCCGCUUGUGGAUUGGAUCUUCGGGCUGGAACAGCGAGUUUCGGCCUCAGCGCUUAUGGAUCCAGCCAUCGACGACCCCACGCCUGGCCACCUUUGGAGGAUGCGCCCCCCUGUCCAGCGCUCUAUGAGCUCGCAGGAGAGGGAUGAGUUGAAGCAGCUGUUGACCUGGGGAGACCGUGUGGGCGUCCACAAGGACCUUUGCCUUGAGCUCAGAGUUGCCUGGCAGUCGGUCGCCUCGACGUCUCAGUUCGGUAUUGUAGAUCGCGCUGCCUUCCUGAGGACCUUCCCUUCGGCCCCGGCCGACCUCAUGGGCCGUUUCUUCGAGAACAUGGACAAAUCCAAGAGUGGUACCGUCUCUGUCCAUGAGUGGAUUGAGGACUGGGCAGUUUGCCUCGUCGGCACGGAAAGCCAGCGACAAGACUUGCUUUUCCGCAUGUUUGCCACGCGCACAUCGGAUGGACUGGCGAUCUCCAACAGCGAGGCAGCAGAGCUCUUGCGAGCUGCCCAAGCUGCCCAGUCCGUCUUCACGGUGAAGCUGCAGGGGAGAGCCGCACGGCCACUUCCUGCGCCUCUACGCCGGGAGUCCCUGUCGAAGGAGCCCUGGUGUUCGGAUGCCACUGCGGUCACAGAGGCUCUUGGCUAUGUUGCGCGGAUAGACCUGAAGAUGCCUCCGGCCCAUGCGGAAGAGGAGCGCGUGCUUCUUGACCGCCUGGGUGGUCGUUUCAACCCGGAACACCCGGGCCAUGUGGGCGACGUCUGGUACAUUAUCUCUGCGCGUUGGUGGCAGCGGUGGCAAGACUUCACGUCGACGCCGAACAGCACGCGGGAGCAGGGCCCCCCCACGAUUGACACAUCGGGGCUUGUGGACCAUGCCCACGAUUUGCUGCGGAUUGGACUCUGCGAAGGGGUCGACUACCAGGUGGUCACCGAGGGCGCGUGGAAAGCGUUGCAUGCUUUCUACGGCCUCCAGGGCCCUCCUCUCCCACGCAAGGUCAUCGAGAUCGAUGGACGUGUGGAGUUGGAGAUGUACCCGCUGCGCUUGCACGUACAUCGUACAGACAAGGCCGGUCAAGUUCUUCUCAUGGAGCACGUCUUGCAGAUCAGCCGAGCUGCUACCGGCGGCGAAGCCAAGCAGGUGGCGUGCAAGCUCCAUGGGCUUAGCGAUGAGGCAUCAGAGAUUGUGCUCUGCCACAGCAUCAACGACGACCUCGAAGCGGGCGUCACCGAGGUCGAUGAGAGCAAGACUCUCCAUGCGCUGCAUUUCCUCGAUGGCCACCAGUUGCUCUUACGCUACCGGGGCGUGCAGCAGGUGAGCCUGGGCAGAAACAGCCUACACAGCAAUGCUGGCAAAAACCACGGGCACGUGGGCUUGCAAAACCUGGGAAACACUUGCUACAUGAACGCCUCGAUCCAGUGUUUGGUUCACUCACCGUUCUUGUCGGAGUACUUCCAGUCAGCGUAUCUUUACGACGUGAAUUUGGCGAGCAAGUGGGGUAUGGCCGGAAAGUUGGCGAUCGCUUUCGCCGAUCUUUUCCAGGACAUGCACGAAGCACGGACGCAAGGUUCUCGGGUUGUGGCACCACGAGACUUCAAGCGGCUGUUUUCCGACUUCAAACCUCAAUUCGCCGGUUGGAAGCAGCAGGAUGCGCAGGAGUUCCUCUCCAUGUUCUUGGCUGGGCUCAGCGACGAUGUGAACAGGACCACAGUGAAGCCCUACAGAGAGCUGAAGGACUCAGAGAGUCGUCCCGACGAGGAGGUCGCCUUGGAGUACUGGCAAUCCCAUUGCCUCCGUGAGCGCUCGGCCGUCGCGGCGCUCUUCUCGGGCCAGUUCUGCUCCACUCUGAGAUGUCAGAGAUGCGGCUACACCAACAAGUCCUUCGAGGCUUUCAGCUUCCUUCCGAUACCCAUCCCGGAGCACGAUUACAGGUGGAUCACCUGCAUGGUCGUCAUGGCCACACGCUCCGAGCCAGACAGACGGAUGAUUCGCAUUUGCGCCCGCGUCCCGAAGCGCGGCGCGGUGAAAGAUCUGCUGGAAGUGGCCGCUGGAAUGCUGAAUGUGGAGGUGGCAGACCUCGUCCUUGCAGACGUGGGCCAGGGCUAUGUCUACAGGCCGGCAAUGCCCUGGAAUCGACGGGUUCGCCGAGACUCUGGCGAUAGUAGCUCAAACACGCAGCAUAAAGCGGGUGAGUCCUCAUGGCAAUUCGCCGAGAUGGGUCGUGUCUUUGGUGCUCAAAGAGCUUGGCGUCGGUGGCCACAGACCGGCUUGCUAUUCUUGAGUGUCUAG